UUUCGCAGGUGCCUCUAGAUCGUAGACCACAAUACUAAAUCGCGUUAUUGGCGCAAAUUAAUGUGUUAAUUUUGGCGAUAAGUUAGUGGAAAACGAAGCGAAAGCGUUUCUCGCAUAAAAUCGGCAACAAAUGCCCAACCUGAAAAAGCGGCUAGUUCAAAAACACGUAACAGGAGGUGAGAAACCGAAAGUGACAACCUGCGAGGACGACACCGCCACAGCACAGACCAUGGAGCCGAAACCGGACGUCCAAUGUGAGGAGUGUAGUCGGUGGGUGUUCAUAGACGAAACCCCUUUCGAUAAUCUGGAUACAGCAGGCAAGUCACCUUUCAAAUGCAAAAUCUGCGAGAAGAUGGACACGAUAAAAAGAUCGCUAGAAGAGAAGUUAGACGCGGAAAAGAAAGUGCUUAAAGAGAUGGUAGAAGAAGAAAAGCAAGCCCGACGUAAGGCAGAAGCUCAGCUUGCACUAUUACAGGACGACCACGAUAAACUGAAGAUAGAAGUUACGCAGGCAAUCGAAAGGAUGCAUGCGGAAAUGAAAACACUCGCAGCAACAUGGAAACCCCCGAGGCUCGAUAAUGUAGAGACUGUGCCAGUGCACACAGAAGCAGGUUUAACACAAGCAAACUUAGAAGACACCACAACAGCAGGAUGGCACAAGGAGAGUCUCACCCCUCAUAACAAAAUGAACGCGGACCAACAAUCAACAGAGACAGCCGGUAACACACAAGGGCACACCAGAAAGCAGUACACAGGAACUGACCUCGAAGACGAUGAUGAUCCAGCAACAAUUGCUGCACACGAAGAGGGCUGGACAGUUGUAACUAACUCGAAAAAAAAAUCUCAGAUGAACAAAGCGAAAAAAGUACUGGUUAUCGGCGACUCUAACAUCCGCCGGAUCAAGGCACCAAUUCUGGACGCCCUUCAAUGGGAUCCAAAUAUAACUGUGAAGGCACUUCCCGGGGCUAAAGCAAAGGCUGUACUCGACAGUUUGGCUGACAACGAGCAUACAGAAGAGUCACUUGUCAUUGUUCACAUUGGCCUGAACGACCUGCUCAAUGGAGCCACCCCACAAGAGACAGCGGAGAUCAUCACUGCUGGAAUCUCAAAAAUGCUGGAGAAAAAUCCACUCGCACAGUAUGGGGUAUGUUCAGUGCCGAUGGUACAAACCGAGGAGCCCAGCACAAGGGGCAAUAUUAGGGAACUCAACUUCCUACUGAAAGAGACAUGCGAGAAAAUGGGCUCAAGGGCACAAUUCUUCAACACCUUCUGGGUCGCACGGCGAUUAGAAGCAAAAGCAAUAAGUGGAGUACACUUCACAGAGGCCGGUGGAAGAGCUGUGGGUCAACUGCUGGCCGAGAAGAUUGCCUCUUUUUUGGGCAUAAAGGCCGUGAAGAACCACAAUACAGCACCACCUUGGGGAAGAUCGUGGAUGCCAAGGGAGAGAGCAACGAGCCCAGACAUGGCCCAGCUGCUCUCCCAGAUGCUGUGGCAACUGACAGAGCAGAGGCCACAGAAGAGAUGGGGCAGAUCCUACUAAAAGCCCAGAACAG